GCAUCCUGCAUAUCAGAUGUUUACAUUAUGAUUCAUAACAGUAGCAAAAUUACAGUUAUGAUGUAGCAACUAAAGUAGUUUUAUGGUUGGGGGUCACCACAGAAUGAGGAACUGUAUUAAGGGGUCACAGCAUUAGGAAGGUUGAGAACCACUGCUCUAGGGGAUACGUCUCUUAUUUGGUCUCUGAUUUCUGUCAUUUUGUCUAAAGGAUUUUUCUUCUUUUUUCUCAAAAAAGAAAUUGGCAGAAGAAACACAAGAAGCCAGCUGUAACAAAGCCUGGUGCGGAAAAACAGGUGUCUGGAAAGCAAAAGAGAACGAAAACAGGGGAGAAGCCAUAUAAAUGCAUGGAAUGUGGAAAGGGCUUCAGCCAGAAAGGAAAUCUACAGGUGCAUCAAAGAAUACACACAGGAGAGAAGCCAUACAAAUGCAUGGAAUGUGGGAAGAGCUUCAGCGAUGGUGGAUCAUAUGGUAAACAUCUAAGAGUUCACACAGGAGAAAAACAUACAAGUGCACAGUAUGUGGAAUGAGCUUCCGUGUUAAAGGCACAUGUAAUACACAUCUAAGGACCCACACAGGGGAGAAACCAUAUGAAUGUACAGUAUGUGGAAUGAGCUUCCGUGAUAAAGGCACAUGUAAUAAACAUCUAAGGACCCACACAGGGGAGAAACCAUAUGAAUGCAUGGAAUGUGGAAGGAGCUUCAGUCGCAGUGGAAGUCUGCGUUUGCACCAAAGAACCCACACAGGGGAGAAACCGCAUGAAUGCAAGGAAUGCGGAAAGAGUUUCUCUUCUAGUAGCAGUUUGCAGUCGCAUCAAAGAGCCCACACAGGGGAGAAACCUUAUGAAUGCAUGGAGUGUGGAAAGAGCUUCAGUUGCAGUGGAAGUCUACAUUCCCAUCAAAGAAUCCAUACAGGGGAGAAACCAUAUAAAUGCAUGGAAUGUGGAAAGAGCUUCAGGGACAGAGGACAUUUGCGUUCCCAUCAUAGGACCCACACAGGGGAAAAACCAUAUAAAUGCAUGGAAUGUGGAAAGGCCUUCAGCAGAAGUGACAGUUUACAUGCCCAUCAUAAGACCCACACGAGAAAAACCACAUAAAUGCAUGGAAUGUGGAAAGGCCUUCAACAGACGUUGCUUAUAUAAUAAAUAUCUAAGGACUCACAUGGGUGAGACCAUGUGAAUGCAUAGAAUGUGGAAUAAAAUUCCGUGGAAAUAUUUGUUCACUUCUUAGUUCAUGCCACUUUUCCCAGGUCUGUGGCGGAGUGUUGAAAUCCUUCAAAUAUCCUUAAUAAUGGCAAACCAAUUUCUUCUAUUCCUUAUAUUAGGCAAAUGUUCCUCCAGUAAGUCUCUUUAGAGUUCUUGCUACUUUUUUUCGUAUGUAUAUAUAUUUGGAUUUACCUUAAUCAUAAUAAUAAUUCACUAUUUAUGUUCUGCACUUCUCCCCGAGGGGACUCAAAGCAGAUCACGGCAUUUAUAGCAGACAUAGGCAAACAUUCAAUGCCUUUACAGUCACAUAAAAUGAGACAAAGGCAAAGGCUUCUCCUUUCAUUUCCGGCUUCUGAAGGCGAGGCUCAUGUCUCUCUCUGGGAGAGGUGCUUUUCUCGAUUUUCAAGCCGAGGAGCCAUUAAAGAGUCCACACAGGGGAGAAACAUUGUCACCUCCCGGUUGUGUGGCCGGCAAGACUGCUUGGAGUUUCUUUUGCCUUUUCCUGCCAAAGCAGUACCUAUUUUAUUUUAUACGGUUUAUAAGGCUUCUCCUUUCAUUUCCGGCUUCUGAAGGCGAGGCUCAGUUCUCGCUCUGGGAGAGGUGCUUCUCUCCAUUUUCAAUCUGAGGAGCCUGUAUUGUCACCUCCCGGUGUUUCUGGGCAUCACAAUUUAUCGGAGAUGUUGAGUCUAAGCUGGAAAGUGUCCAGAGGAGGGUGACUCAAAGGAUCAAGGGGUCUCGAGAACAAGCCCUAUGAGUUUAAAGAGAUGGACAUGUUUAGCCUGCAGAAGAGAAGAUUGAGAGGAGGGGGGUAAGCUUGUUUUCUGCGGCUGUGCUGGUACGGCUGUACCAGGAGCUCCAACUUUAUUUUCUUUCUGUUAUCUGUUUGCAGUCAUAGGGCAGGCCUCCUGUCCAUCAUAAUUAAGCUAUGGUUCCUUGUUCAGGGCUCUGGGAGGGAAAGGAGCCAUUUUUGGGGCAAUCUCUCGUAAGGAAGCUAAACUAUAGGACGUAGACCAGCUCGUCCCAUAGAAAAGCUUCUUUUCUACAGAACAUCUGGGGAAACAGAAAUUCCAGGGAAAAGGUCCCAAGGCUCUGGCUGAGAGCUCACAGCCUCUCAGCCUCACAGCAAACAGAGGGAAAACAGCCCUGAAGUUUUCAAAGAAUUCUCUGAGGGAGGACAGCACUACAGAUCCACGGAACUCCAUCUGAAAUAUCUACAAGCCUCGGCUGGUAGGUCUACUUGAUACCCAGACACAUUUGGAAUUGG